UACAGUACAUGUGGAGUCAGAGAGAGGGAGAGUCCUAUUGGCAUUCUUUCUCAUCCACGCUGCACACUUUUGUUCCAAGCGGCAUCGUGAGAUCAGGCAAGACAUAGAGAGUGGCUCCGGGGCCUCGACGUUGCUCAACAGGAUUCCGCAGGGCCUGGAUUAAACGAUUGGAGCCUGAGGUUUGAGAUGGGUUUGUCAUCAGCAACGUGCUUCCCAAGUCCACUUCUUCUUCUCCUCACUCUGCAAUGGGGAAAGAAAAACAGCCACAAAGGACCUAUUGUCACCUUUCGAACUCAGCAAGGUGUGGUGGAGUUGGGGGCCCAGCAGGCGUUCAGGACCCAGCCCAAGAACAUGACGGUGCGUGCGGGGACUACGGUGAUGCUGAGGUGUGAGGUGCUGAGGCCCUCAGGGGUUGUCCAGUGGGUGAAGGAUGACCUGCUUCUGGGUCCACAACAGAGCCUGCCGGGGUUCCCUCGCUACAGCCUGUUGGGGGACCCUAAGAGAGCUUCCUGUUCAGCACGGAGGAGAGGAGGAGAGGGAUGAGGAAUCAGGGAGGAUGAAGGGGGGGACCACUUCAAUGGCUUUCAACCUCAUGCAUGUCUGGUUUGAUCAUUCCCGAAACGCUAUAUAUCCAUUUUCAAAAAUGUUUCUAAUUGAGCUUUAAUUGUUUUAAGAAAUUAGGAAAUAGAUGGGUG